CUCCUGGUGCUUGCAACGAGGUGGGGAAGACGUAAAAGAUGCAAAUGUCCUCCAACAAACGCCAACGUACGUUUUCGGCUUCACGAUUAUCACUUCCAUCUCAAUCGACGACAUCGACAUCGCUACCACUAGAACCUGAACCCAUGUAUAAGUCUAGUCGCACCGCAGACGAGGCAACGGGGGAUCGCCGUUUGCUCUGCACACUGCCCCCGACGUGUAAUCCGCCGCAUAACCGCCCGACACCGAUCGCAAACUCGAGAGAUCUGGAGCUGCAUUAUGGAAAAUAUCAUGCGCAAGUUUGUGAGCAGAAGGGAUGUGGGUUUGUGUUUCCCGAUGCAAGAUUGCUGGAGCUCCAUCAAACAGAAUGCCAUGAUCCACUUGCUGCUGUUCGAAAAGAUAGGGGGGAUAAAAUUUUUGCUUGUCAUCUUGUAUCAUGUCCACGAUUAUUCCAGACGCCCAAAGCACGUCGAUUACAUCUUAUCCAAGCACAUUCAUACCCAAAAGAGUACUUUUUCGCUGUAACAAACAAAGGUGUGGGCGGUCUACUUAAACGCUGGGGAGAUGGAGCCAGCAUGAUCAGAGGAACCUGGAAGCCCAGAGAUAAUAAAAACGAGAAGGACUCCGAAGACGAUGAAAUGGUCGUAGAUGAGGAUGAAGAGGAAGAUAGCGAUGAAGGAGAAAGUGAAGAGUCAAGCAGUGGUGACGAACAAAAUGGAGAAGCAACACCAAAAAUACGUCACCAUCAAGAGCUUGAGGAGAUACCCACACGAACUCCCAUCUCACCACGGCGAGGAAAUGGCGCAGUGCAGACUGCAGCUGACCAUGACAUAGACAAAUUGGCAAAUUCGAUAAACUCUCUAUCUUUGGUCCCACCAUCUAUACGAUUCGGAAGAGGUGGAAAGAAUGGGGGAUUUGUUCAUCCAGAGAUGCACAACCCGCAGGUUAGCAAAUUUAAUCCUCACACAUUCGGUCCAAGAGGUGGUAGAGGGAGAGCGAGGAUAGCAACUGCGGUUCAUCCCCGAGCUGGAUCCCAUAAUGUACAGAUUGGUGCGCCUCACCCCUCCGCAGAGGUUGAUGUACAAGCUGGGAUAGGGCCUGCGUCAAGGGGUGUGUCCCCUCGCGGAAGAGCGGGCGUCAUUCAUGUCGGGAGAGGUUUCAGAGGUCGUGGUCGCGGGUCUUAGAGGGGGGAAGUGCUGAUAUUGGCAGAUACCACUGGGACCGAUUCUGAUGAAAAUAACGUGCACAUGUAUUCCAAGCAAUGUACAUUACCUCUUUUGUUUGAUCGUCCAUCA